GAAUGCCCGAGCCUGCUAACGAAGGGAAGCUAACGGAGCUAUAGUGGCGGCCCGCAAUUAGGGUUCUAGCGUCCGAGGGAGCGAGCGCGGGCGCGGGCGCGGGAGGCGCUGGUCGUGCGGCUGCUGGGUUUAAGCGCUUUGUGGCAGCCAUUGGGGCCAUGGCGGAGAAGAAGAAGGCCAAGGCGGACCAUGAGGAAGUGUCGGAGGUAGAUAACGAGCUAGUUAGCGCUAUUGAGAAGUUACAGGAUGUACAAGACGAACUUGAGAAGGUAAACGAGGAAGCUAGUGAUAAAGUUCUGGAAGUUGAGCAGAAGUACAAUGAGAUCCGGCGGCCCGUUUACAACAAGAGGAACGAGAUUAUUCGAAGUAUACCGGAUUUCUGGCUCACUGCUUUUCUGAGCCAUCCAGUUCUAUGCGAUCUGCUAAGCGAGGAGGACCAAAAGGUUUUCAAGCAUCUACAGUCUUUGGAUGUAGAGGAUUUCAAAGACGUGAAAUCUGGAUACUGCAUCACAUUCUCGUUCAAACCAAACCCAUACUUUGAAGAUACAAAACUAGUAAAGGUUUUCCGGUUUUCCGAUGAAGGUACAACGUCGAUUUCUGGCACGAAGAUUCGAUGGAAAGACGGAAUGGAUUUAACAAACGGGGCCGCUGUAGAAAAGGAAGGCAACAAACGGCCUUUAAUAGAAGAGAGCUUUUUCAAGUGGUUUAACGAUAGCCAACAGAAGGAAACGACCGAGGGCAUUCAAGACGAGGUCGCGGAUGUCAUCAAAGAGGAUUUGUGGCCCAAUCCUUUGAAGUACUUCAACAAUGAUGGCGACUCGGAUGAAUAUGAAGACGAAGAAGAGGACGAUGAAGACGGAACGGGCGCAAAGCGAGUUGCCGAUGGUUUUGAAGAAGAAGAAGAAGAGCCAGACGACGACGACGAUGAGGAGUAGAAGCUGGCGCGCGAGCGAUGUUCAUAGCUUGAGAAAAAUGACCCGCAGCCAUAUUAACACUACAUUUCCGUGAGACACACAAGAGAGUGAGUGAUAGCAAGUACGAGUUUCUACAGCAAAAGAAGGAUUUUCCCGCGUAGGUAGCCUUUCCUUUUUUUUUUGUUUAGUUUGUCCCCUCUUUGGAAAAGUAUCAGGGUUGACUUCCACAAAACAAAAAAGCUUCGAAUUCUUGCGCCGGCAA